AUGUACUCAGUUAGUGCGUUAGCGCGAUACAAGGGUAAUGCUCACCCCAUAUUAUUAUUAUUAUUAUUAUUAUUAUUAUUAUUAUUAUUAUUAUUAUUAUUAUUAUUAUUAUUAUUAUUAUUAUUAUUAUUAUUAUUAUUAUUAAUAUUAUUAUUAUCCUUAUUAUUUCCCUGUUUUGUGCCUGAGGCAAUAAUGGAUAACGCCUAG